UGCUCACUGGACGCCAAGUGACCCUCUGGCUUCCUUUGGCCUGGGGGGGAACGGACUGGCGUUGCCGGUGCCGGAGGGAUACCAUAGGAAGCAAAGCCAAGGAACCGGUUUCUAACUCCCUCUUAAUUCAGAUCAGCUGCGGGUGGGGGAGGGGUUUGCCUGGACGUGACUCGCAUUUUGGGGGGGUUGGACGCCCCGGAAAAUCCAGCAGUGGACUGGCAGCCCUGUUCUCCUUCUGGUCGGAUGGAGUGUCUUCCUCUGCCCCUGCCCAAGCCAGGCCUGGCAUGAGAGCCUCGCCCCCCCCAGACUGACCCUUCAGGCCUGGCCUGGGAUGGGGUGGGAAUGGCCCGUCCUCCCCCAGGCUCCCAGAUGGGCUAGCAAGGGCAGCCAGAGGGCCGGAUCCUCGAAGCCGCCGAGCCGCGAGCCUUCCACUUCUCCCGGGGCAUCGAGCAGAGGCUGGGGAACCAUCCAUGGUGCAGCUGCUCGCGCUGGUGUGGCGGAGGCUGCUGCGCAAACGCUGGGUGCUGGGGGUCGUCUUCGGCCUCUCCCUCAUCUACUUCCUCAGUAGCACCUUUAAGCAGGAGGAGAGAGCAGUCCGCGAUCGGAAUCUCCUCCAAGUGCAGAACGAAGACCACCCCAUUGCUUGGAAAGUGCAGUUCCAUUCAGGGAACAGCAGCCAGCCAAGUAACCAAUGCAGAAAUUCCGUCCAAGGGAAGCUUCUCAUUACAGAUGACCUGGGCUACAUCUGUGAAAGGAGGCACGUGCUGGUGAAUGGCUGUUGCAAUGUGGACGCCCCCAGCACAAAGCUGUACAGCUGCGACUCGUGCCUGCCCAACGGCUGCUGCAGCGUGUACGAGGCGUGCGUGUCCUGCUGCUUGCAACCCAACAAGCAACGUCUCUUGGAACAUUUUCUGAACCGAGCCGCCAUAGCCUUCCGAAACCUGUUCAUGGCGGUGGAAGACCACUUUGAACUGUGCUUGGCCAAGUGCAGGACCUCGUCACAGAGUGUACAGCAUGAAAACACCUACCGUGACCCUGUUGCAAAGUACUGCUAUGGCGAGUAUCCUCCAGAGCUCCUGCCUAUAUGAAAAUGACAAGAAACUGGAGACAGUGCGGGAGACUGACACCAUGAGCAGAGGUGUUCUACUGCUUUCAACCAACCCAGCUGACCAUCUGGAUCUAUCACCAUGAGCAGGGGAGCGACAUGGCAACGGCUUACAUGAACCUUUUGGCUUUAGAUCCUCCUGCCGGUUUGUGACGAUGCCCACAAAGAACAGCAUCCCUUUAACUGCCUGCUGUCAUCUCCCUGCAGUUAGAGAAUAUGCUGAGAGUGAUGGGAAUCCUUCCAUUACGGAACCAGGCACUGAACACUGGGUCAUCGAGUCCCAUGUUAAAGUAUGCACGCUGAAGUUGAAAUGUGUUGCUCCAUAGAUCACGGACCUUCUGGACACAGUUACAAAGAAUGAUCUCCACCCCACUCGAUGGUCAAACACCACAUGGCUUCUUGGGGGACUUAUCCUGCACCCAUGGCACGGACCUUUAUAUGUAAAUACUAUUUAUUUAUUGAGAUCCCAUGAAAGGUUGCAUUUGCUGAAAUGUGCUGACGAUUCCUGAAGCAGAAGGGCAUUGGGAUGGGCUGCGUUCGAAUUCUGGGAAGGUACCUGAUCUGUUUCGUUUAACAGGAUCGCCCUUCCGUCUUGUCCGGCGAUCUUGCCGCACCAGCCGGCUCCAUUCAUGGGCUAGCACCCACCUGCGUUGACACCUUUAGAAUGCUUUUUUUUUUUAAAGGAAUGUGCCAAUCAAGUAGGGUUGCCCCCUCCAGCUGGGGCCUGGAGUUCUUCCAGAAUUACAACUGCUCUGCAGAGAUCAGCUUCCCCGGAGGAAACGGCCGCUUCGGGAGGUGGACUGUAUGGCACCAUAUCCCUGCUGAGCUCCGUCCCUUCCCCAUGCUACAAGCUCUC